AUGGCCGUCCUUCCACUGGCAGCUGCUUUUGUGGCAGUCGCCCUCUUCAUUAAAUAUCUUCUAGAUCCCUUCCUCUCUCCCCUUCGUCAAGUUCCAGGUCCUAAACUCUUCGCCGCGACAAGAUGGCGGUUAGCCUACGAAGAUUGGAAAGGAACGCGUACCCGUACCAUCAACGCGCUGCACAAGAAAUACGGUCCUGUUGUACGCAUUGGCCCCAAUGAGAUAUCUUUCAACAGCCUCUCUGCUCUGCGCACAAUCUAUGGUCCCGGAAGUCGGUUUGGACGAACGAGCUUCUAUCGCAUGUUUGACGUCUACGGCGAGCAGAACUUGUUCACUUUCCAUUCACCAAAAGAUCAUGGCGAUAGGAAGAAGCUCUUGAGCCAUGCCUACUCCAAGACGGCGGUGCUUAAACCGGCGACUGCUAGAAUGAUUGAGAGGCAGGCCUGGCGAUACUUGAAUCUCAUCGAUGCGGAGCCAGAAGGUGUCAGUGAGAUAUUUAGUACUCUUCACUACUAUAGUCUGGACAACAUCACGGCUUUUGUGUAUGGAAAGUACGGUGCCACAGCCGCUGUGAGAGGAUCUAAGAUUCACCGCGAUCUCAUCUCGGAUAUCCUCCACCCUAGCCGACGACGAUUGAGCUGGUGUAUUGUGCACGUGAAGGGCUUCACUCAGUGGCUUUACCGACAAUCGAGUUUCAUGGGCGCGCUGGUCAAACCUAUUCUUCCCAUGCAGCAACCUACGACAUAUACCGGCAUUCGUGCAUAUGCGCUUUCUGCUUUUAAGCAGUUCCGUGUAGAGGCAGAUGCACAGGAGGUCAAGUUCACUGAGGAUGAACACGUGUCUAUUCUCGAGCGUCUCUGGCAGUAUCACGAGACUCAACGACCGGACGGAAUGCGUGAUCUGCAGAUGGCAUCUGAAUGCGCCGACCACUUCCUUGCUGGAAUUGAUACGACAAGCGACACACUCAUGUUCCUCGUAUGGUCUCUAUCCUUGCCCGGAAACGAGAAAUUCCAAGAAAAGCUCCGCGAAGAAGUCCAGGCCAUCUCAGAUGACUCAUUAAAUAAGCAGGGCAUUCCUAAAGCAGAAGUCGCCGACCGAUGUGUUUAUCUUCAAGCUGUCAUCAAGGAGACACUGCGAUUGUAUGCGCCGCUGCCGAGUACGGAGCCUCGAUCUACAGGUGAUGACACCACCAUUGAUGGAUAUGUUGUUCCCAAGAAUACAGUUGUCGGAAUGUCACCCUGGAUCAUGCACCGUAACGAAGAAGUGUUUGAGAACCCAUUGGUUUUCAAUCCUGAAAGGUGGCUUGGCGAGAAGGCGGGUGAAUUGAAUCGAUGGUUUUGGGGCUUUUCCUCUGGUGGUAGGAUGUGCAUCGGCAUGCACCUUGCUAUGGCAGAGAUGACUGUUCUAGGUGCUGCUCUGUAUCGAGAGUAUAAGACUACAAUUGCACCUGGUUUUGAGGAUACAAGCCCCGCGAUUACGGCACGAGUUGAGACCUUCUACGACGAGAGAUUCCCCAAAGUCAAGGAGUCUACUUGCUUGGUCAAAUUUGAUAAGUUGAAGAGAUAA